AUGACAAAUGCUCAUCAUAUGCUUACAUAUAUUUGUGAACAACCAGCUGAAAAGAAAUUAUUUUGGUCUGGAAAUACAAUAUGUAAUGGUGAACAAACGAUUAUUCAUGGAUGGUCGAAAAAUGCACCUCCAUUCAUAUUACCUAAAGAUGUUGGCUUUGCUGUUGGACGUAAUACUCCAUAUAAAUAUAUUGUUGUUAAUAUUCAUUAUUUUUCUUUAUUAAAAAAUGAUUAUUCGGGAAAUCAAUUAAUUCUUACUCAUAAAUCACGAAAAUCUCAUGCCGGUGUUAUUUUAUCUGGAACAAAUCAAAUUUAUUUAAAAGAAAACACACAAACUAUUCGAACACCUUUUUCAUGUCAAUAUAAAGGACCAACUAUUUCCAUUUUUGCUGUUUCUGUUCAUACUCAUCAAUGGGGACGAGUCAAUUCAUUAUAUCGAGUACAUGAUUAUGAAACAUCUUUAAUUAUUAAAAUGAAUCCUCAAAAUCCUCAAUCAUUUUAUCGACUUUUAUUACCAAUUGAAAUUAAAAAUAAUGAUUAUAUUAUGGGACAAUGUGUUUUUGAUAAUAAUCUUAAUAAGACUAUUCAUAUUGGAGAAACCCAUAAUGAUGAAAUGUGUAAUAUCUAUGCAAUGUAUUCAUAUAAUCCAUCACAAAAAUCAAUUAAUAAUCCACCUCCAUUUCCAUUAUGUUGGGAUAAUGCAGUUACUCAAAUGGCCAAUCUUAUACCUGACGAUAGUGUCAUACCUCCACUUCAAUUAAAUUAUAUUAAUCAAACAAUUGAUGAUGAGCAAUAUAUUAGUCAUAUUAAACAUUCAAUGAAUUCAUCUCGAGAUCUUCCAAUAAUAAUAUUUAAUCAACAAAAUUAUUUCAUUAUUAUCAUUACUAUUCUUAUUUCAUUUCUUAUUCUUCUUAUCAUUGGACGUUGUAUGGGUAAUCUUCAGUAUUUUAGUUAUAUGAGACAUGGUGAUAUCAUCAAUCGACGAAAAGGUUUUCAAAUAUUAAAACAAUCUUCUGAUCAAGAAAAUGAUUUAUUAGAUUAA